AUGAAGUUCCUCACCUUCGCUGUGCCCGCUACCCUUGUCAUGGGCGUAGUGGCCAUGCCGGUUCCUUCUACAAGCAAAGCGGCGCGCCUUUCUGGCGAGAACCUCUUCGACGGGCUGGCCAAAGAAGGAGGACUCUCGGGGUUCUUGUCUGGCGUGCACCUGCCUUUCUUGAAUCCUAGUCCGAAGAAGGAUGACGAUGAUGCUGAUGAGGAUCCUGGUGAUGAUAAAGGGCCUGGUGCUGGUGAUGUUGCUGCAGGGGCUGCUCCUGAUGAUGAUGAUAAUAACGGGGAUGGCCCGGCUGAUCCUAUCUAUGGGUCUGAGGAUUCGGCGGGUGUGGGAGCUGGAACUCAGGAUGGGGCUGAAAGGCAAUGA